AUGGUCCCCGUCAUCGUCCAUUUCUACCGAGGUGACAAGGCAUCCAGGCCCGUGGCCGUAAAGCAAGUUAAUCUCCAGCGCCAGGGCUGCGAGGAUGUGUUGAAGGAAAUCCUGGUCAUGAAAGAAUAUAAGAACCCCAAUAUUGUCACCUACCUAGAAAGCUACCUUGUCAAUGAGGAUGUCCUGGUGGUGUUGGAGUAUAUGGAUGGAGGCUCCUUAGCUGAUGUGGUCAGCAUGAAAAGGAUGGCUGUAGGACACAUAGCAACAGUGUGUCGGGAGUGCCUGCAAGGCCUGGCUUUCCUUCAUGCCAACCAGGUGAUCCACAGAGACAUCAAAAGUGACAACAUCCUUCUGGGCCAGGAUGGCUCCGUCAAGCUGGCCGAUUUUGGCCUCUGUGCUCCGCUCAGCCCUGAGCAGAGUAAACGGAGGUCAAUGGUCGGGACCACUUGCUGGAUGGCACCCGAGGUGGUGAGAAGAGAGCCAUACGGCCCCAAAGUGGACAUCUGGUCCCUUGGCAUCGUGGGAAUAGAAAUGGCCAAAGGAGAGGCUCCUUAUAUUCGGGAAACCAGUGAGAGGGCUAACUACCUGAUAGGCAAGCAAGGGGUACCAGACCUGCACAUGCUCAGGCUGCCCUCUGGCUUGUGUACAAGGCUCUGCAAGUGGAUCGAAGAAGGUGGGCACAUCUGCUGGCAGUACAGGAGAGCAGAGAGGAAACAGCCUGGCAGGACCCUGGCCAGCAAGGCAAGGCACCCGCUGGACCUGCUCUUUGUCAACAGAAAAGGACUGCCCAGCCCCAGACCUAGGGAUCAGACGCAGGCGCUGCUGCUGCUGCCACUGAAGUCAGCGAGGAUUUGGUGGUUGGUUUGCAUCCCAGCAGAACUGGUCACUUAUGAAGCCAGCUGCUGA